AUGAGCGCAUGCAACGUCAUUAUGCUCAAGACGGUCUUUUCAUCCGACGCUCUUGGUUGUUUCGAGCUGCAACGCUCACAAGACCAGACCCUCAUGGAGGAGUGCAUGGCACUGUUACAGAAUAUGACCUUGACAAACAAGAUUAUUGAAAGGGGGCUCGUCACGAUCCGGCGGCUCAUGAAUAGUCAACGCGAGUCACUGCCGUCAUACUCUACCCUGGAUCCGCAGGAGAUGCAUCGACUUUUGGUAGAAGUCGAAGGAAGACUGCCAACAAAUGUACUAGUAAGAGAGGUUAACGAUAUGGGAUUUUUGGAAAGUAUAUUUGAUAUGUUUGACGCUGAUUAUCAGCAAUGA